CACCUAGUGUACCUCGUUAACACGUGAUAUACCCUAGUAUUUCAAUCAAUGGAAUUUUAUCUUUGUAAACGAAUUGUAUGGUGUAUAUGAUUGCAAAUAUAUGAGUGUCUUGAGUGGACAUGAGUUUGUAUACAUAUAAUUAGAUAUAUGUGUAAUAGGUCAGAUAAUAUAAUGUCAUGUAAUCAACAUAUUGAUUGCCUUCGAAGCAAAGCAGGAAAGUGUUUUUAUUAAGCGUAUGUCAAUAUGUGUGAUAUUUAAACAAGUUCAGUAUGUGUUUUAUGACGAACCAGAUGUGAAAGAAGGAAUAUAUUACAGUGUACAACAGCGAUUGUUAUUGCAGCGUAUUAUACUAAAGAAGAAUGGAUAAUUAUCACAGAAUGCCCGAGAGCACGUGUACCUGUACAGCAUUACCUGGAUAACUAAGUAUAAAAUGUAUGGAAAACAGUGAAGUGCUUAUUUUGUGAUAUAGAUUAUUCGUGACACAUUAACAUCAUUAUGGAAUGAGUACAAUGGAGUGUUUCAAUGGGAAAGUGCAGAUAUAUUAUGUUUGACGACAUAAAUAUUCAAAUAUUCAAUGGAUUUUGAUAACGCGAUAGUAUUGCUAUAUCGUUAACCCGUACAGAGAGAUACCACUUCACUCAUUGAAUAAGGAAUUUGAAUAUGUGUGGAAAUUAAAACGAAGUGUUGUUUUUAAUCUUUCGGCAAGAUCGAUUAAACCGUGUCUCAUUAAUUAUUGUCUGUUGAUAGAAACAACGUCUGCCAUUUCAGUCAAAGUCAAACUUUACAAUGUUUAUAUUUGUAUCUUUCUUUUGUUUGGAAGGUGUUCAUUCAACUUCACAUGGAUUGAGACCGUAGUAGUUUGAUUCAAUUAGCAUCCAAAUUUGCAUAUUAAAACGUGUACAUUAAGCAUCCAUGUUAAUGUGAAAACAGUACAAUUCGUUUUUCUUCGAUACAUCUAGACCAGAAUACUUAUCAUUUUCGAUACCAUGAAAAACUGUUUACGAUUCUGUGUUAGAUUUACAGACAAAAAGCUCAAGAGCAGGUGAAGAUAUAUUUAUAAAUAAAUAAGAACAUACAGUAAUACUACUACAUUGUUUUGAACUAUUUGCUUUACCAGGAAUCCUGUCUCUCUUCUUCAGGUAAAAAGAAGGCAAAUUAUUGAUGUUCAAUAGGAAUAAAAUGAUGAUAAUAAUCAACUAAUGUUGGUGUGGAGUGUCUUAUGAAAAUAACAAACAGUUGUGAGUUUAAGUACUGGUAGGAAUAAAGAAUUUUAUUUAGUACAUCUGACUGAUGAACAAAAAACUGUAUUUUUAAUAUAAAAUAUGCGCAAUGCGAGGUUCGUACAUGGUGCGCAGUUUCUGGAUUAUUACAAAUAAAAUGUCCACAGCGAUAGCGUACAGCUUCAUGGCCAUGGAUAAACGGCAACGAAACGAUGUACCGGAAGUGAACCGUCGCUGUAGCAACAACUCAGAAAAAUACCUUAACGCCGGGUAUGACAACACGAGUGAGAGCACAUUAUCAAGGUCACUGAAAAGGCGCCCAAGAAAGAGGUCAUCUUCAAGUACACGAUCAAAAAAGGAUCCUAGGGUGAAGGUUGAAAUUGUGGUUCAAUUUUUCAAAGUCGGCGAGAUAGAUACGCUCAAGGAACAAUUUAAUGCUGACGUCAUCGUAAAAGCAAAAUGGCGGGAACCAACGUUAGAUGGUCAGCAGACGACAGCAGACGCCAUAGACUUUGCACGGCUAUGGAGUCCAAAACUGUACAUCGAAAAUUCCCUUGGCGAUCCUAAAGAACAAAUCCGGCAUCGUAUAAUCUACAAUGAAAAAGGGGAGGCAUUUAUAUAUGAGAAAAGAGUGGCGAAAGGAACAUUUAUGGAAAAUUUAGAAUUAGAUGAUUUUCCAUUCGAUGUACAGGAUUUAACAAUUACUGUGGCCUCUGAGUUACCCAUCAGUGAGUGUGAACUUGUUGAGGACAAAGAUGAACAUCAUGUUGUAAAUAGACAAUCGUUUGUUGAUGAACAGGAGUGGCAUUUAUAUGUGCACACAGAGUGUAAUAAGAAAGAACUUGUGAUAGACCAGGUCGACAAUUCCGUAAAACGUUCGGCCCUUUCCGUAAAAUGCCGAGCUGCACGUCGGCCUGGUUAUUUUGUUUGGAAUAUAUUUAUGAUAACCUUCCUGAUCUGUAGUUUAGCGUUUGCAACAUUCUCAGUGGAAAAGGACCUUCCACAAAACAGGCUACAAUUGUCUUUCACACUUGUCUUAACGGCAGUUGCGUUCAAAUCUGUAGUUAAUUCAAGUCUUCCACGAAUUUCUUACCUCACUUAUAUGGACAAAUAUUUAUUAGUUUCCAUGGUAAUGUUAUCGGCGGUAUGCACGUGGCAUGCCAUUGUCACGCGCCUCAACUACAAUAGAAAGUAUGCAGACCAUGUAGAAAAUAUCGUGCUAACAAUUCUCAGUGUUCUCUAUAUCGUAUACAACAUUGGCUUCAUUGUGAUCAUCUAUCUGUUUCCUUGUAAGAAAAGACGGAUAAUGUCUCAGAAAGAUAAAGAAUACAAGCGAAAUCGACGGUCAUUUCGGCAAAAAUCAGUAUAUGUGGAUUCCUUGAGCCGGACACAAGUAGCAAAAUACAAGCGGAAACCCCGUCGACAGGCAUUAGAACAGAACGAAAAUAUAAAUGUAACGGCCAAAUACUGACGCCAAAUGCUUCUCUUGAACAGAAAAUUGAAACUAAUUUACCACAGAUGACGUCAUUACGUGACGGCACGUUCCACCAGGAUAUGACGUCUAACGGCGAUGUUGCAAAACUUAGAAGUGCAUCAAGCUUCGAUAUCUUUCAUACAAAACGAAGGUGGUCACCUGAAGGUCAUCCGUCUGUCCGUAUUGGGAAUGGAAUACAAAAAUUACCGGAUGGGUGUGGUCAGCAGAGAAGGCGGAGUCUUCCGCCUGUCAACGUGUGGCCAGACUUAAAACGUAUGAAAAUAUCACAAGUGCAACCUAUUUUUAGCACACAUGAUGAAAUUAAAAGUGGUUGAUCACGCAAUUCCAAACGUGAAUUGUGUUUGCAAGAGCUCAGUGGUAACUCUUGGACAAUUCAAAGUUAAAAUUCUGUUUUUAUUGCACUCUUUCACAGUGAUUCGUGAAAGUUUAUAUAAUGUACACUCUUCCUGAGAUUUCACCGGGGGCUAGAAGAUAAUGUUGGGAACACACUAAUUUAAAAGAGGUAAAGAGUCUUAAAAACAGAAACACGGGAACCGCGAAGUGUUUUCUAGAGAAAAACACAUCCUGUGUGCUAAAACCUGAUUAGACCUUUUCAUAACAAAGUUUGCAUUAUAUCAAGAAUGCGUUGUAAGUAUUGUGUAAAAUGAAGUGCACACUCACGCGAUACCUCCGCCUCACAGCGGUACAUAAAGUUUAAAAAAAAGAACCCGUCUUACGUGACAUUACAUCAUAGUUUGUACUAGUGAUCUUAUUUCAACUUAAACUUUUGCUGCUAUAUGCACCAGUAGUUUCAAAGCUGUGAUUGAACAAUUUCUUAUAUUUACUGUAAUGUUAAUGUUAGUUAAAAUAAUGUAAUGUUUUAUCAUGUUUUAGAGGCUUAUUGUAUAAUACCUGAUACCAGUUACUCGUGCAUUUUUACUUCUGAAUAUUUGUGCAAUGUGACCAUUAUAACUGAAUUAAAAGUUCAGUUCUACUGAUUGCAAGUUUAUCUAUCUAUUAUAUAAAGUAAUUACAAGAAUAUUUGCUCACGAUGGCCUCCGUGUCUUAUUUGUAUUCGGGACAUUCUAUGUGUAAAAAUGUACACUUGCACUGUAUUAACCUUUAGCCUGCUGGCGGCAAGAUAGUCUGCCUUUGCGAACAUUGCAAACCAAGAUCAGCCCGCAAAUCCGCCAUGGUCUGCACUGUUCGCUAUUUAGUCAAUAAUUUUCAGUGGACAUCCCUUUGAAUGAUAAGUGGUAUGGCCCAAAAUUGAAUGAUGGACCAGCUCAUUAUAGAAAUUUAGCAGGGUAAGGGUUAAUACUGUUUGAUACUACGGAACACCUAAAGUGCCAUCCAACACAUAAGACAUUGCACUCCUUUUCAUUUCGUAUUGCAUAAUUACGAAAACGUUUUUCGUUAUACGUGUGUUUUUUUAGCUCAACUGUCACAAAGUGACAAGGUGAGCUUUUGUGAUCGCGCGGUGCCCGUCGUCCGUCCGUGCGUCCGUGCGUCCGUAAAGUUUUGCUUGUGACCACUCUAGAGGUCACAUUUUUUGUAGAAUCUUUAUGAAAGUUGGUCAGAAUGUUCAUCUUGAUGAUAUCUAGGUCAAGUUUGAAACUGGGUCACGUGCCUCAAAAACUAGGUAAAAGGUCUAAAAAUAGAAAAACCUUGUGACCUCUCUAGAGGCCAUAUAUUUCACAAGAUCUUCAUGAAAGUUGGUCAGAAUGUUCACCUUGAUGAUAUCUAGGUCAAGUUCGAAACUGGGUCACGUGCCAUCAAAAACUAGGUCAGUAGGUCUAAAAAUAGAAAAACCUUGUGACCUCUCCAGAGGCCAUAUAUUUCACGAGAUCUUCGUGAAACUUGGUCAGAACGUUAAUCUUGAUGAUAUCUAGGUCAAGUUCGAAACUGGGUCACAUGCCUUCAAAAACUAGGUCAGUAGGUCAGAUAAGAGAAAAACCUUGUGACCUCUCUAAAGGCCAUAUUUUUCAUGGGAUCUGUAUGAAAGUUGGUCAGAAUGUUCAUCUUGAUGAUAUCUAGGCCAGAUUUGAAACUGGGUCACCUGCGGUCAAAAACUAGGUCAGUAGGUCUAAAAAUAGAAAAACCUUGUGACCUCUCUAGAGGCCAUAUAUUUCAUGAGAUCUUCAUGAAAAUUGGUCAGAAUGUUCAUCUUGAUGAUAUCUAGGUCAGAUUCGAAAGUGGGUCACAUGCCUUCAAAAACUAGGUCAGUAGGUCAAAUAAUAGAAAAACCUUGUGACCUCUCUAGAGACCAUAUUUUUCAUGGGAUCUGUAUGAAAAUUGGUCUGAAUGUUCAUCUUGAUGAUAUCUAUGUCAGCUUCGAAAUAGGGUCAUGUGCGGUCAAAAACUAGGUCAGUAGGUCUAAAAAUAGAAAAACCUUGUGACCUCUCUAGAGGCCAAACUUGUGAAUGGAUCUCCAUAAAAAUUGGUCAGAAUGUUUAUCUUGAUGAUAUCUAGGUUAUGUUUGAAAGUGGGUCACGUGCCGUCAAAAAGUAGGUCAGUAGGUCAAAUAAUGAAAAAACGUUGUGUCCUCUCUAGAGGCCAUAUUUUUCAUGGGAUCUGUAUGAAAGUCGGUCUAAAUGUUGAUCUUGAUGAUAUAUAGGUCAAGUUUGAAACUGGGUCAACUGCGAUCAAAAACUAGGUCAGUAGGUCUUGAAAUAGAAAAACCUUGUGACCUCUCUAGAGGCCAUACACUUGAAUGGAUCUUCAUGAAAAUUGGUCAGAAUGUUCACCUUGAGGAUAUCUAGGUUAAGUUUGAAAUGGGUCACGUGCCUUAAAAAACUAGGUCAGUAGGUCAAAUAAUAAAAAAAAACCUUGUGACCUCUCUAGAGGCCAUACUUUUCAUGGGAUCUGUAUGAAAGUUGGUCUGAAUGUUCAUCUUGAUGAUAUCUAGGUCAAGUUUGAAAUUGGGUCAACUGUGAUCAAAAACUAGGUCAGUAGGUCUAAAAUCAGAAAAAUCUUUUGACCUCUCUAGAGGCCAUAUUUUUCAAGGGAUCUUCAUAAAAAUUGAUCUGAAUGUUCACCUUGAUGAUAUCUAGGUCAUAUUAGAAACUGGGUCACGUGCAAUCAAAAACUAGGCCAGUAGGUAUAAAAAUAGAUAAACCUUGUGACCUCUCUAGAGGCCAUUUUUUUCAUGAGAUCGUCAUGAAAAUUAGUGAGAAUGUUCACCUUGAUGAUAUCUAGGUAAAUUUCAAAACAGGGUCACGUACCUUCGAAAACUAGGUCAAUAUGUCAAAUAAUAGAAAAACCUUGUGACCUCUCUAGAGACCAUAUUUUUCAAUGGAUCUUCAUGAAAACUGGUCAGCAUUUUUAUCUUGAUACUAUCUAGGUCAAGUUCAAAACUGGGUCACAUGAGCUCAAAAACUAGGUCACUGUGUCAGAUAAUAGAAAAAACGACGUCAUACUCAAAACUGGGUCAUGUGGGAAGAGGUGAGCGAUUCAGGACCAUCAUGGUCCUCUUGUUUAAUAUUCGUUUUAACGAAAUUUAUUUCGUUUCUGGGAAUUGUCAUUUCGUUUUUAUGACAUUAAGUAUUAGUUCAUAAGUCAAAAUGUGAUUUCAAUAUUACAAAGUAUUAUUUUGUUUUCCUACGAAGUAAAAGUAGAGUAGUCUGAAACAAAAGAGUCGGAUGUCAUUUUAGGGACCUCCAUAUGGUUCAGCAAUGGGUAUGAAUUUUGAAUUUAUGAAUUGUUGUAUUUUUUACGAACUUAUUUUCAAAAAUUUGCAAUUAGUAUGUAUUGAGUAGCAUUCGUUGCAGAACAAAGAAAACGUGUUUGUUUUUUUUUCAAAGAAGAUAAAAAAUUAAAUAUGAAUAAACGUUCGUCAGAUUUAUAGCUUUUACAUGUAAUAGAAAUUCGACAUUAUUAUAGUAGAAAUAAACUGAAAUGAUUGUUAGAAAAUAAAACUAGAUAAUGUUGGAUCUGUUUGAAGUAAAUUCAGCGUAUUAUAAAACUAAAUGUUGACGUCAAAAUUUGAUAAAAAAAUGUUAUGAAAAUUUCUUUCUGUUGCCACGUAAUAAAACACUUACUGACUGGCUGACCGUUCAAGUCAGAAAUAUUAAUA